AUGUUUUGCUAUGUAAGAUGCAAUAGUAGUAACAUUUCAAAGAGCUGGUCAACCACAUCUAUUUUGAGAAUAGCCACUAUAAAGAAGAGUUACUUAACGAGCUCUCAAAUAUACCAAUCAUUGAAAGAUAAAUUGACAGCCACAAUUGUCAAUAAUGAACCACUGACUCCACAUAUAAAGAAGGAUUUUCAAAAGUACUGGAAGCUUCUCCCGCAACAGUUCUCUAAACAAAAUAAUCAUGAUAAUGAAACUAUAUUGAACCAAAUUGAUAUGACCACUUUCAUGAAUUUUAUAAACAAAUCUAAAGGAAUAUCUUCUACUGCUCGAGGUAUUUAUAGAAGAGAAAUAAUAUAUCUGAUUAAACAGAACCUAACAUUGGUAUUCCAACUCAUUGGUUUAUUAUCGCGGCAAGAUGAAAGUCAAGCUACGUAUUUGGAAUCAUCACCAUCAUUAUCAUCUCCAACUGAUAUAUUACAUUGGUGUUUAAAUGAUUCAGUAAGAACUGCAGAUGUCGUAAUGGCAGCUGAUUUAUAUCUGCUAUUUUACAAAAUAUAUCCACAUGAAAAGAUAUAUCCGACAUACCAAUCAAGAUUAAUUAAUGCCCUUUCAUUCGAUAACCCUUUAUAUGAUCAUAUUCAUCUCAUCAAGUACUUAGAAUUACACAAACUAUGGGCUGAUAAACAUUUACAAUAUACUCCUACUCCAUUACAAACUUCCAUUCUAUCCAAUAAGGCAAUAUCAUUAAGGAAUUCACCUUCCUUAUCUAAAACAACUUUAGAACUUUUACUAGAUACACAUUUUUUACCCAAUGAUCAACUAAGAGAUGAUCAAAUUGUAAUUGCAUAUCAAUUAAUUGAUGAAAACUAUAAAUUAAAUAACGCCAGUGGGGUUUUCUCUAAUUGGCUUAAAAUCAAAGAUCAUUAUAUUUCCAUUACAAAACAUGAUCCACGGAUUAUUUAUAAGAUCAUUAAAAUAUCCACACAAAAUAUCAUUUAUAGAACCAUUUGUAAGGAAAUUUUAUGGCAAUUAUCCCCACAAUACUAUUGUAAUAACCCAUUAUUAUUACCUGCCAUUAUAGACUAUGCCACUGAAGUCAAUUCUUUAUCAUUAACUAAGGAAAUCAUGAAUAAUAUUAAUCUUCAUACAAAACCAGAAAAUUAUCAAGUCGUAUGGUUUACCAAAAGAUGUCUUUCAUCUCUUCUAAAGAUGCAUUUAAAAUUUAAUGAUUCAGAUGGUGUAGAUCGGGUAUUAAGACAAAUUAAUGAAAAAUUUGGCAAACAUUCACAAGAAAAUUAUCAAGCCAUCAUUUCUCAUUUACUUCAAAGUCAAGAUAUACAAAAUUUUGCAAAAGCUAUGAACCUUGUAAAUAAAUUCCCCCCAGAAACAGCUUUGUUAUCCUAUGGAACAAUUAUUAAUAGACUAAUCAAUUGGGAAACGAAAUCUAAUGGUAAUAUCGAUACUAAUAACAGUAAUGCUAACAUCUUAAACCCCAUGGCUUCAAUCAAUGAACUAUUAUUAAAAGCACAUAAGUACGACCCUAAACAUUUAAAUUCAUUAUGGAACAUCAUAGCAGCAUUAUACUUCAAGAGACUGCUUAAAUUAACCUUUUCAGUAGAGAACCAAUCGAAAGAGAACGAUGCCAUUAAUACAACAUCUUUAGAUAUUGCAAAAUAUAUCUACGUUAAUUGUACACAAAAUUCAUAUCCUUGGUCAGAGAUUGAUAGUAACCCAUUUUCAAACCCAUAUCCCCAUAAAGUAAAGUUGAAAAUUACAAAUAGUAAUAAAUUUGUAAUAUUAAGGAAUAUUGCCAUGACCGCUAUCGAACAAGUAAGACAAGAUAUAUUCCUUUGGUGUUGUGCGGAGUUAUAUAAAAAUGGUAUGUCCGUUAAGGAAUUAAAAAUCCAUUGGAACAUUAUGUUGAAGCAUUCCUUGAGAAAAAUUGAAUUUAAAGAUAAGAAACAUGUUACCGAUCAAUUAAAAUCAAAAGAAGUUAAAUUUAUUAAACAUUUGUUGAAAUAA